AUGCCAUCAUCCCUCCCGGACUGCUGGGCGGUCCGCAACGGCUCGAGGGACGCACAGCCCUUGGUCUCCCGAGUAAUGCCGCCCGGCCUGGUCUACCACCCGGCUGACAUAACUGCCUACGACGUCACCGUCAGCGGCUACAACGGCGACCCAGUCCCGGCCUACGUCGCCCGACCCGCCGAGGGUGGGACGCAUCCCGGCCUGCUGCUCGUGCACGGCAUCCACGGCUACGAGGAGCACAUGAAGGACAUGGCCCGCCGCUACGCCGCGCUGGGCUAUGCCGCCAUCGUCCCUGCCCUCUACAGCCGCGACGGGUUCCUGACCGUCGUGGAGCAUUCCGACCUAGACCUGGCCCGCGACGCCCUGAACUCCCGCCCCAACGCCCAGACCGUCGGCGACCUGCAGGGCGGCCUCGAUUUCCUGAGGGCCAGCCUCCACGUCAACGAGCGCAUCGGCCUCGUCGGAUUCUGCUCCGGCGGACGCCUCGGCCUCGUCUUCGCCAGCAGCCGUGCCUCUGGCGCUGGACAGGUCGACGUGUUCGUCAACUUCUACUCCAACGGCCUGUUCCAGCCCACUGCGGUCAACACCACGUCGCCCAGCGAGUUCGCCGCCAGCCUCGGCUGCCCCAUGCUGGCCCUGUUCGGCGACGACGACACCAACCCGUCGCCCGACGACGUGGCCCGCCUGCGCGAGGUGCUGGAACGAUCGGGCAAGACCUUCGAGUUCGUCAGCUACCCGCGCGCCGGACACGCCUUCAUGUCCGAUACCCGCGAGAGCUACCGCCCCGAGGCCGCUCAGAUGGCCUGGGGCCGCUGCCUUGAAUGGCUAUCCCGUUACCUGAAACCCUGA